GUAGAAGGGAAGGGUGAUUUUGUAAUUGCGGCGAAUGUUACUGUGGAUUGCUCGUCGUUUCCUGGAUGUGAGCUCGCUAUAAAUGUUACGGGUAACUUUACUUUAGGUGAGAAUGCGUCGAUAAUUUGUGGCACCUUUCAGUUAGUUGCGGAUAAUGCGUUUUUUGGAAAUGGCUCUACUGUGAAUACUACUGCGUUGGCGGGGGCGCCACCGGCACAGACUAGUGGGACCCCGCAAGGGGUGGAUGGAGCGGGCGGGGGCCAUGGAGGAAGAGGUGCGGCGUGUUUGAAGGAUGCGAGUAAGAAUCCUGAAGAUGUGUGGGGAGGGGAUGCUUAUGCGUGGUCGAGUUUGGCGAAGCCAUGGAGUUAUGGGAGUAAAGGAGGGACGACGAGUAAGGAAAUUGAUUACGGGGGUGGUGGAGGGGGAAGGGUCUUGUUUCUGGUGACAGCGUUAUUGGAUGUGAAUGGGAGUGUUUUGGCCAGUGGCGGAGAUGCAGGUCCGAAAGGAGGCGGAGGGUCUGGAGGCAGCAUAUACAUCAAGGCUCAUAAGAUAAUCCGAUCCGUUGCUGCUAAUCCACAUUAGAUAUUUAUGGUUUGACUAACAGCUUCUCAA